GAAAAUUAGCACAAAGAGAGAACGUCAAAGUUUGGGAGCAGAAAAAUGCAGACAUCGAUUUGAACGAUUUGAAUGCGUAUAUUAUUUUUUAGUGAAUUUUUACUGAUUCAUUCAUAUAAUUUCGCGAAGAGGCUACCGAAGAUUUGGACCGGAUUCGAGCGCAACACUGUGAUAUAACAGUGGAAGCGAUACGAUUUCAUCGGAGGCGAAACGAAACGGAAACAACUUCAAAAUGGCGAUGUCUAAAACGACCAACACCUACAAUCGGCAGAACUGGGAGGAUUCGGAAUUCCCUAUCCUGUGCCAGACAUGUCUCGGUGACAACCCUUACGUCAGAAUGAUUAAGGAACGAUACGGGAAAGAAUGUAAAAUCUGCACUCGACCGUUCACUAUAUUUCGAUGGUGUCCGGGAGCGCGAAUGCGAUUUAAGAAAACAGAAAUUUGCCAAACGUGCAGUAAGUUGAAAAACGUAUGUCAGACCUGUCUGUUGGAUUUGGAGUAUGGCCUGCCGACGCAGGUUCGGGAUGCAGCCCUCAAGAUCCAGGACAAGAUUCCGGAGAGCGACGUUAACAAGGAGUAUUACAUUCAGACGAUUGAGGGACAAUUGAAGGCUGCUGGAGAUAACACCGUGGCGGCUGGUGUUGUUGGGAAAUCUCUGGGAGCCAGCGAUAUGUUGGCCAAGCUAGCUAGAACUGCUCCAUACUACAAGAGGAAUUUGCCUCAUAUCUGUUCAUUCUGGGUGAAAGGCGAAUGCAAACGUGGAGAGGAAUGCCCUUAUCGGCACGACAAACCCGUUGAACCUGACGAUCCGCUAUCGGAACAAAACAUUCGGGAUCGAUACUAUGGCCGGAACGAUCCGGUGGCAGACAAGCUUAUGAAACGAGCUGCCUCAUUCCCUACGCUGGAUCCUCCAGAGGACAAAACCAUAACUACCUUGUACGUCGGAAACUUGGGCGAACACAUCACCGAGGUCGAUAUUCGAGACAACUUCUACCACUACGGUGAAAUUCGAUCCGUAUCACUGGUACCUCGACAACAGUGUGCAUUCGUACAAUACACUAAACGUUCUGCCGCUGAACUAGCAGCAGAAAAAACUUUCAACAAACUGAUUCUAGGCGGACGAAAGUUGACCAUCAAAUGGGCUCAUUCCCAAGCCAAAUCAACCGCCUAUGCCCAAAAUUCGGUACCGCGAAACAAUAGAAUAUUUGAUCCGGUUCCCGGCCUUCCCGGACAGCUGCCAAUGCCACCGAAUCCAACCGACUACUUCAAUCUACAGGCUUCAGAAAUGGCCGUUCUACCCCCAGGAAUGAAGAUCCAUCAGCUUCCACCUGGACUUAUUCCGGGUGCCCCAACCGCUGCCUAUUCUCAGAUGUACUCUCAACCCUCGACAUCAAGUGCUGCUGCAGCCCAGAUGAUGGUACCACCAACGUUACCCAACCCUGGCACGCAGCCAAUGCAUUAUCCUAGCCAAGAUCCUGCUCGGUUAGGAGCGCUUAAAAAGUAGUCAUUUGUCUCUUCGUCAAUGCUUGUAGUAUGGAAUCUUUCAAUAAAAAAUCAGCUACCAUUGUGGAAAAA